AAAUUAACGAUUACUGUCUCUUUUAAUCUCUUUUCUCUCUUGUACAUUGUAUCCCCCAUCUCAUAUCCUUCUCCUUCAAACCCUCCUUCUCUCAUUCUCUCUCUCCUUUUCAUUGCAUUCUUCUCCUUCUGGGGUUUUGCUUUGUUUUCCUGCUCUUCUUUUUCUAUUUUUCUUUUUUUUCCUCUCUCUUUACUCGAGAAAGAGAUUGUUAGAUCGAUCGGGCUUUUCUGUUCUUAUUUCUUAGAUUUAGCAGAAGUGUGUAUUUGCUGUUUGCAUUGGAAUUUUCUACAGCUCCUGCCUGUAACUUAUAAGGUAUAUUGUUAACAGCCCUAAUGCAAGGGCAGAGGGGUAUUAUUGGCUCUUUGCCAGAAAUACUGGACUUUGACCAUGGAUCUACGUCAGGUAAUGCUAUCAUAGAUCAGCAAAUUUGCUGGAAUAACAUGCAAAACCCUGCAGAAAACCCACUAGCAGACUUUAUGCUGUCACCUAAUCACAUGAACACUGCAUAUGUUAAUUCUGUUGAUCAAGAACGACAAAAUUUGGGUGGAUGGAGUUUGGGUGAACCCAGUUCUAGUGGUGCACAAAAUGAUGCAAGUCACGAAGAGCAGAAAUCAGAACGGGUAUGUUCAUCUUCGGCAGGUAGUUGUGCUGCUGGAGCUGGUCGAAGGUUAGGAGAAAGGCAAUAUGAACCAGGCAAUAUUCUUCCACUGGACACUGUUAAUGUGAACCCUCAAUUUGUGCAGAGUUCCAAUUCCAAUACAAUUCCACAGAAUCUCAACCUGAAUGCCGGUUUUGUGGGUCAUGGUGGUGAUAAUGGUCAAAUCAUGGAAAGCUCUAAUACGUACAAGUCUGGUGGGGCAGACAAUGAGCGGGUUCUUCCAUCUAGUGGUUCUCACACAUUUCUGCAUCCUUCUGGAAAUAGUGAAUACAUGUUGGAAGAGGGUGAUGGUAGACCCGUUUGUUCAUUGGAUGGUCACCGUCAUUCAUGCAAAAGAAAGGCAAUCGAGGGACAUAUCGGACAGUCCUCUAUGAGUGGAAGUUCUAGUUUCUUUCAGUGCUCAGAGAGUAGUGCAUGGCCUGGUGUUCCUGCUCACUAUGAUUCAGGUCGCAGCUUAAGUAUUUCUGCUCCAUCUGAACAGGUGAACCCCAGGCUUGGUUUAGGUUUGAGAGGACUAGCUGCUGAUGGUAUUCCUGACACAUCAGUAGCCGGACGACCUGAAACAUCAGUAGCCGGACGUCCUGAAACAUCCCAAAGAAAUUUUCGAUUGAGAAUAAAUCCUUCAACUCAAGAAUCUGUUCCCUCUGCUUUAUUUUCUACAGGGAGUGCUGUUAGGCGCCCAAGUGUGCCAUCUGCCCAUCGCUCAUCUAGACUUCUUCCAAUUGAUCAUUCAUUGGACUUUAGGUCACUGCCAGCAGUCGAAGGUGCGAUUCCUCAGAGUCAGCCUCCUGUUGCCCCUGUUCCACCUUUGCCACAAAAUGUUCAGUCAUUUAGGUGGAAUGAAAGCUCUAGCUCUAGAACUGGUAGCUCAUCAAGUUCUAUCACUUUACAUGAUAGAGAGGAAGCCAGUCCAAGAAGCAUAUCAAGAAACAUUUGGGAUCCUAUGUUUGUGCCUGCAACUGAGUUGAGAACCUCAGUUAGAAAUCCAACAAACAGAAGUGUAACUGGUGGAAAUGCUUGUGUUCCUGGAAAUGUUGCUUCUACAUCACGGUCUGGCUCAAGUUCAGUUGUCCAUCCUUUAUCAGCUCCAACUUGGGUUUCUCAUCAAAAUCCUACUUCAAGAAAUUCACGGAGAUUAGCUGAAUAUGUUCGUCGAUCUCUAUUUGCUUCUGCUGGUGCUGAUUCUGGAGGCCAGAGCAGUACUCAUUCUCCACUGCAUUCAGGUCCUUCUGGAACCUCGGAAGAGGCAAUGAUUUCUUCUGGAGUUGGUAACCAAGUGCAUCAUCGAUCAUAUCCAAGGUCAUCAAUGUGGAUGGAGAGACAGGUGGAUGGUGUACUUGGAAUUCCUUAUCCUUUGCGAACUCUGGCUGCUGCCAGUGAAGGAAGAAGCAGGCAUCUUGUGUCUGAGCAGAUUCGCAAUGUCUUGGAUCUCAUGCGAAGGGGUGAGAGCUUGCGUUUUGAGGAUGUCAUGAUUCUUGACCAAUCAGUAUUUUUUGGAGUGGCUGAUAUUCAUGAUAGGCACAGGGACAUGCGGCUUGAUGUUGAUAACAUGUCAUAUGAGGAGUUGUUGGCCUUGGAAGAGCGUAUUGGAAAUGUUAGUACUGGAUUGAGCGAAGAAACUAUAUUAAACCGGCUAAAGCAGCGGAAAUAUUCUAUUGCAGUAAGGAGUGAGGUGGAGGCAGAACCUUGUUGCGUUUGUCAGGAGGAAUACAAUGAUGGAGAAGAUGUUGGAACACUGGACUGUGGGCAUGAUUUUCACACUGACUGUAUUAAACAAUGGCUGAUGCUCAAGAAUUGGUGCCCCAUUUGUAAAACAACAGGGCUUGGUACUUGAUAAGUUAUUUUGAUGAUUAGGCGAUUAGAUUAUGCUCAGAAUAUGAAGAAAGAAAGUUGGUGAUUGAACUCAUUAUCCUGGUGAGUAUCAUGUUUUGUCCAUUUGGACUAAAUCUAUGGCAUGACUCACCAGAGCAAGGCAUUUGUUUUUCAAAAGAAACAAAUUCCAUGGUGAUGAUUCAACUGUCUGUCGUAAGGAAAUAUUGGAGUGCAAAACUGGUUUUGAAUAUUUUAAUCUGUUGUCAUUGAACAAUUAGUUUCUGUGGGAUAUUCAUUGUGCCACCCUCCCUCCUUUUUAUUUUAUUUAUUUAGGUGCCAAUAUGUCUUUCUUUAUAUUGGGAGUUGCGACAUUUUGGGCAGGUCGAGCUCAUUUUAUUUUAUUUUUUAUUCGCCUGAUGUAACCAAACACAUAAUUGUUCAAAAAAUUUAGCCAUUCACAUCGCA